AUGGACUUCAAGGACAUAUUGCGACUUAGCAAAAAUACUCAGACAAAUCCCUACAAUGAAUUCCCUGUGAAACCUGCGCUCUUGAUGAAAUCUCCGUAUGCAGCAUGCCGUGACCCGGGGUUCAAGACCUUUGUGACUGUCAGAUGCCAGAAAAUCUUUGGCCCUGAGCAAGCAUUCGGCUAUGGAUGUUAUGGUUACUUCAAAAACAUCACCUUUGAGCUGUGCUUGAUAUGA